AGCGCUGCUGCGGGGGGCGGCGGGGCUGCCGCGCCGGCUCCGCUCCCGGCCGCGCAAGCUGCGCCCAGCGCGCCGGCACCUCCGCCCUUCCCUGCCCGCCGCCCCGUGCUGCUGGGGCGGCUGCCCCGGGCUCGCCGCGGUCCGAGGUGCCGGGAAGCGGCGGCUCCGCGUUCCGCCCGCGGAAACUUUGCCCGGCGCGCAGGGAAAGGAUGGAGCCAGGAGAGCCCGCGGCGGCGCCCCUCAACCUGUCCCGAGCCGCGGCAGAGACGCCCCGCGGGGAGUUCAACCUGUCCGGGCUGCCGGAGGCUGAGGGGAAGCCCCUCUUCGGCAUCGGCAUUGAGAACUUCAUCACCUUGAUCGUCUUCGGUUUAAUCUUCACCCUGGGUGUGCUGGGCAACACCCUGGUGAUCACGGUGCUGGCGAGGAGCAAGCCAGGCAAGCGCCGAAGCACCACCAACAUCUUCAUCCUCAACCUGAGCAUUGCCGACCUGGCCUACCUGCUCUUCUGCAUCCCCUUCCAGUCCACAGUCUACGUGCUCCCCACCUGGGUGCUGGGAGCCUUCAUCUGCAAGUUCAUCCACUACUUCUUCACCAUCUCCAUGCUGGUGAGCAUCUUCACACUCUCGGCCAUGUCUGUGGACCGGUACGUGGCCAUCGUGCACUCCCGGCGCUCCUCAGCCUUGCGUGUCCCCCGCAACGCAAUGCUGGGUGUGGGGCUCAUCUGGGCGCUCUCCUUCGCCAUGGCCUCGCCUGUGGCUCACCACCAGCGCAUCUUCCACCGCGAGACCAGCAACCAGACCUUCUGCUGGGAGUUCUGGCCCAACCCACGCCACAAGAAGGUCUACGUGAUUUGCACAUUCGUCUUCGGGUAUCUGCUCCCGCUGCUGCUCAUCUCCUUCUGCUAUGCCAAGGUUCUUAAUCAUCUGCAUAAGAAGUUGAAAAACAUGUCAAAGAAGUCAGAAGCAUCCAAGAAAAAGACAGCACAGACUGUGUUGGUGGUGGUAGUGGUUUUUGGCAUCUCCUGGCUGCCUCAUCAUGUGAUCCAUCUCUGGGCUGAAUUUGGAGUUUUCCCACUGACUCAAGCCUCCUUUCUCUUCAGGGUAACUGCACACUGCCUGGCUUACAGCAAUUCUUCUGUGAAUCCAAUCAUAUAUGCAUUUCUAUCUGAAAAUUUUAGGAAGGCCUACAAACAAGUCUUCAAAUGCCAGAUUGGUAAUGAGUCACUUCUGAAUGAUGCUAAGGAAAAUAAAAGUCGGAUAGAUACACCACCCUCUACCAAUUGUACCCACGUGUGAAUGUUGAGAAGCCUUGUAUGUUGGCUCUUCCUUUAUGUAAACUAAACACCAAGGAAAAAAAAAGCACAAUGAGCUUUAUCCUGCAUUUAUCUUGAUAAAGCUAAUUGGUAUUUAAUGUACUGAAGUUGCAUUUGUAACCAAAGUUUGUGAAACUCAUAUGAAAGUAACCUGGGCUGAUCCUUUGCAUCAUAGAUACCUUUGUCAAAUAAAGCUCUUGGACUUUCACAGAUAUUUUAGAAAACAAAAUGUUGAGAUGAUAUGUCUGUAUUCUUACUCACUAA